CGAAUAGGCACCAGGAGUGACUGGCGGAGGCACCUAUCAGCGUGCAGGGGGCGUAUCUUUGUCUCAUCAGUGCAGGAACCGGCUGCUGCUUUCGAUUUUGGGUAGAGCGAAGAGGAAACACACCGGCGCGACAAUGUCUAUUAUGUCAUAUAAUGGUGGGGCUGUCAUGGCCAUGAGGGGCAAGAACUGCGUGGCUAUAGCUGCUGACAGACGCUUUGGAGUCCAAGCUCAGAUGGUGACCACUGACUUCCAGAAACUUUUCCCCAUGGGAGAGCGCUUGUUCAUUGGAUUGGCUGGCCUAGCAACGGAUGUGCUGACAGUGUCCCAGCGCUUGAAGUUCAGACUGAAUUUGUACGAGCUUAAAGAAGGCCGCCAAAUUAAACCCAAAACAUUCAUGAGCAUGGUUUCUAAUUUGCUUUACGAGAGGAGGUUUGGGCCUUAUUAUGUUGAACCAGUUAUUGCUGGUCUGGACCCAAAGACUUUUGAGCCAUUCAUCUGCUCCUUGGACCUCAUUGGUUGUCCCAUGGUGACUGAAGAUUUCGUAGUGAGUGGGACCUGUUCAGAGCAGAUGUAUGGUAUGUGCGAGUCUCUCUGGGAGCCAGACUUGGGACCUGAGGACUUGUUUGAAACCAUUUCCCAGGCUAUGCUGAAUGCUGUGGAUAGAGAUGCUGUCUCAGGAAUGGGAGUGGUUGUACACAUCAUAGAAAAAGAAAAGAUUACCACAAGGACACUGAAGGCACGUAUGGAUUAACAUUUCCUCAAACUGGAGUCUGAUGCUGAUCAAUGUAACUUUUUUUUUAUUAAAAAGUAAAAUAAAAACCA